CCGCGCGGACUCGUGGGACCGAUCUUCACGAAAGUCAAUGACAGUCGCUGCUUUCGAGAGAUCGGCUCUCGUUUGGAAGAGGGGUGAAAGCGUGUACGCGAAUAUUCGCUCCCUUCCUGUAAAAAGGAGCCUUGGGACGAUACAAGGGGAAACAAAAGUAAUUUCUUCAUUUAAAGGCAGAGAGCCUGCUGUGAAAAUGGCUCCCAAUAUAUCCGGUGAAAAUCGUUGCGUCGACUCCAAAUUUGAGGUGCAGCCAAACGAACUCGUGGAAUUGCCAGAAAAAAUAUUGGAAACCGAAAAAACAGAAGGAGUACUUCCGGUAAAGGAAACGAAGGGCGAAGGAUGGUUCAGCUUCAAAACGGAGCUCAUUUGGUUAAAUAUCAUCGCUAUUAGCCUUGUGCAUUUGAUAGCAUUUUACGGUAUACUGACCUUUCCAGUUUUCGAGUGCAAGUUGACCUUAUUGUGGGGAACAUUGUUGGGUCAGCUGGCAGGUUUUGGGGUCACGGGGGGAGUUCAUCGUCUCUGGACUCAUCGAUCUUACAAAGCGAAAUUGCCGCUCAGGAUAAUUCUGCUCGUCUGCUACGCGAUGGCUGGUCAGAACACCAUCUACGACUGGGUGAGGGAUCAUCGGGUCCAUCAUAAAUUUUCAGAGACCGACGCCGAUCCGCACAACAGCAACCGCGGCUUCUUCUUCGCUCACGUCGGCUGGCUGAUGAUGCGCAAGCAUCCCGAAGUCAUUCGCCGAGGUCGGCAGGUCGACAUGAGCGACAUACUCGCUGACCCCGUGGUCGUAUUCGGAGAAAAGUACUUCCUGCCGCUGAAGCUUUUCUUCUGCUUUAUAUUUCCCACCUUGCUUCCGAUCUACUGCUGGAACGAGACUUGGUACAGGUCGAUCAUGGCUCAAGUUUUCGUUCGUUACAUCUUGACCUUGAAUUUCACAUGGUGCGUCAACAGCGCAGCGCACCUCUGGGGUACCAAACCGUAUGACAACAAAAUUCAACCUGCCGAAAACCUUGGCGUUGCUCUCGUCGCGUUGGGGGAGGGCUGGCACAACUACCAUCACGUGUUUCCCUGGGAUUACAAGGCGGCCGAACUCGGGAAUUACAGGGUGAACACGACCACCAUGUUGAUCGACAUGUUCGCCAAGAUCGGCUGGGCCUACGACCUCAAGCAACCUUCGAAAGACCUUGUGAAGCGAAUCGUCGAGAAGAAAGGCGACGGCAGCCACCCCCUAUGGGGCGAAGUGCCAGAACCAAAGGCGGAGUGAGGCAGAGAGGAUUUACUUUUUUUUGACGAAAUUUCUGUUGCACGAAAUUGGGAAAUUCGAAAUCAGAAAAUGGCGCAAGAGGAUGAGAAAUAGAAUAGCACGUGGGUAGCACGAGUGCGAGAUUGAUUAGAAAAUGAGAACUUGCAAAAAAAAAAAAAUAAUAAUAACUUGAAUAAUGAUGAAAUUUUUUAAUCGAUUACUAUAAACACGUUUUUUUUUGCUUUUUCAUAAAUUUAUUACAUUCCCGCAUUUUUUUUCAAAUUACCACUUCACCCUUAUAAGCUUUUGCUCCUUCCUCUUUCUGUGCCACUUCCGGUUUACGAUUAACAAUUUCUUCAGCUCAGGAUUUUAUAGUUUCUUUUGUAUUGACUAUAAUGGCAUAGAGCUUUUCAUUAAGAGCCAAGUCUUCCAAUGGUGCGAUUAGUAAAGUGCAGCAUUUUAAUAAAAGUGUUAUACCGUAGAAUCGCUAUAGGUCAGUCCAUGUUAAUUUAAACGAAAGCUACUUGCGAUAGUAGUAAUAGAUUAUAAAUAAACGUAUAAUCAAAAGGGUCAGAAAAUAAUAUAUUUAUUCAAAUAACAAAGAUAAGACGAUUAUCUGUACUAGAUCAUACAAUAAUUGUCUAACCUAACCUAAUGCAAUAAGACUUGGAACAUAGAUAAUUAAAUUUUAAUGUACAGUAUACAGUGAAGUUAAAAUUAUCGAGGUGUAAUUAGAUCCACUAUUUUGAGAUAGUGAUAAAUUAUCAACGCAGCCAUGUACUUCUCGAAGUACAACCCACGCGGUUCAGGCAUGCUUAUCUUUGUGCAGUCUUUAAUCGUGUGACAGAACGAAGUGAAUUUUUUCCAGAGAUAGAAAAAAAAGAACAAAGUUCAUUAAGCUGAUCACUUACAAUUCAAAUGAUGUUAAUAUUAAGGUUAAACUAAUAUACAUACAUAUUUAUGCGGCUAUCUUUUGCACGAUUAAAAAUUGAGCUUGAAAACGAGUAUAAAUUUAUCGCACUGUUAUUCCCGUCAUUUUCUGAUAUACUGUCUAAUAAAAAAUUUAAUAAUGCGCAAACAUAACAAAUAUUGCCAAUGAAAAAUAAUAUAAUAACCAUAAAAUCGGGUUUAUUGACGCAUUAGCUAGUUUAGAGCAAAUUAAAAAACAUAUAUGAAUGAAUUUAUCUCGUGCAUUUUUCCGAUUCAGACUUACGCAUGUAUGUCAGUGCUUGCGUAUACCGUAAGGAUGAAAUAUGUAUUGUUGAAAAAUAUUUUUUCUUAACAUCAGCCGAUACGCAUAUAAUGAAUUUUCACCAGAAAUAAAAAAAAUUAACGAGAUCUAUCAAUCUGCAUUUGGCAGAUUUUUCCACUCUUGCAAUAAUCUACAUAAACAUAUGUAUAUUAUCCAAGCACGUGUUCGGUGAUGCGUAACAAUUUGAACUUUGAUAACACAGACCGAAUCGUCUGUGUGAGUGCCGUCCUGAGACAUUAAGUGACCUUUUAAAUUUGUUACUUAUCUUAAUACAGAAAAAUAAUUAUUCAACCUUCCGAUGCAUCCUGACACUGAAAUCUGACAUGGACACGAUAAAGCCGAUCGACAAUAAAAUAAUUCAAUCGCCAAACCAAACUUGAAUCAGACCUUAAAAGAGGUAAUCAAACUGUAUGGCGCGAAAGUCGGAUAGAAAAGUAAAAAAAGGAAUUGAUUUAAAGUUGGUUAUUUCAGUGACGAUUAAAUGUAAAUAAGAAAAGGAAGAAGACUAUAGAAUUGUAUGCGAAUAAUGAAAUCACGAUGCAAGUCA